CAAGAAGCUCCAAGUCCAACAACUCAUUAAUUCCUCCAAAAUAACAUGUAUUCUUCUCCACUCCUUCAUGACCUUCUUGAGAACUUCCAUUCAAGAAGGUUACUCCUCCUUCACUCUCCACUUAACCAAUCAGCCAAACCUCCAACAGCUUCUACAACAACCCAUGACUCAACAGAAACAUAUCUUGGAGAUGGUAAUUUUGAUGCAAAUGUUGUUAUGGUACUCUCAGUCCUACUUUGUGCUCUUAUUUGUUCACUGGGUUUGAACUCCAUCAUAAGGUGUGCAUUAAGGUGUUCAAAUUUAGUGGUGAGUGACUCGGACAGCAAUAACCCUCCAGCUAGAGUUGCCAACACAGGACUCAAGAAGAAAGCCCUCAAGACUUUUCCCACAGUAAGCUACUCAACUGAGCUAAAACUCCCAAGUUUGGACUCAGAGUGUAUUAUAUGCUUAUCAGAGUUCACUAGUGGAGAAAAGGUGCGCAUUUUGCCUAAGUGCAACCAUGGGUUCCAUGUACGCUGCAUUGACCAAUGGCUAAGUUCACACUCUUCUUGCCCCAAAUGUAGACAGUGCCUUAUUGAGACUUGCCAAAAGAUUGUUGGGUGCAGGCAACAAGCUAGUUCCUCCCAACAAGCUGUGUUGCCAGAAACCAUUGUAACCUUAGUGCCCCUGGAGCCAGAAGGUUUGGUGCGUAACUAUAGGGAAGUUAGCUAAUUCACUGGUCUUUUCUUCUUAUCAAUUAAUUGUGACAUAAUGGUUUCUGGUGGAAUGGACCCUAGUCACCCAUAAUUGGUUCAGACUAGUCAGCCACCUACCUCUCAACCAUAAUUAAUGUAGUGGUUAAAUAUUAAUGGUAGAUGUGUAUAGUGUGGAAUCCUUUUUUAGUUGUUCUAGUUUUUAAACCCCUUUCUCUACUUAAAUGUACAAAACUUCUAGUUUAAAUUGUAAUUACAU